ACAUGUUCACACAUACCCGGAUGGAUGUGUGUUUUUUAACUCCUGUUUGGUCUUGAGAAGCGUGUAAGUGGUGUCUAGAGACACUGGUUUUGAGGAUCAUCCCUUCAGGAAGGAAUUCAUCCCCAAAUCUGACAAGAGCCAUGUGGGUUAUCCUAGCCUUGCUGCUAGCCCUCUCCAGUGGCGUCAUGUCGCAGGACAAACUCAACGUGUGUAUGGAUGCCAAACACCACAAAGAAAAACCUGGCCCUGAGGGAGAUCUUUACUCUCAGUGUGCUCCCUGGCGUGACAAUGCCUGUUGUACUGCCAACACCAGCACAGCAGCCCAUAACGAUAGCUCCUACCUGUACAACUUCAACUGGGAUCACUGUGGUGUCAUGAGCGAUAAGUGCAAAAAACACUUCACCCAGGACACCUGUUUCUAUGAGUGCUCACCACACUUGGGACCCUGGAUACAGGACGCGGAUGAGAGCUGGCGUAAGCAGCGUAUUUUGGAUGUGCCUCUGUGUAAGGAGGACUGCCACAGAUGGUUUGAAGAUUGCAAGGACGAUUUCACCUGUAAGACUGACUGGCACAAGGGAUGGGACUGGAGCUCAGGUAUUAACAAAUGCCCUGAAGGCAGCAUGUGCAGAAAGUGGACGGAAGUAUACCCUACAGCCAAGUCCAUGUGUGAACAAAUCUGGUCCAAAUCCUACCUUUAUACCACCCUACCCAACACCUCGGGCCGCUGCAUGCAGCUCUGGUUCACAGGGACAAACCCAAACAAGAAGGUGGCUGAGUACUACCUUAACAACGCACAGCAGCAUCAGAGCUUUGCCUUGACAACACUUAUUCUCAUGGCUGGUGCAUUUCUCUCUGUAAUGAUGUAAUAAAAUGACUUAUCCUGUAUCGCCUCGGAGGGAUCAAUAAAACUGAUUGCAAAUGC